AUGGCGUCCGGAGCGGCUCGCUGGCUGGUAUUGGCAUCUGGCCAAUAUGGGGCUCUCCGGAGAGGGCUGAGCUUGAAGAAGGAUGGAGCUAUCUCCGCCGGUCGGGGCGGCUCAGGUCGGAGCCUGGUACCGUCGAGGUCAGUCAUCGUUACUCGCAGCGGCGCCAUUUUGCCCAAGCCGGUGAAAAUGUCCUUCGGCCUUCUCCGGGUGUUCUCCAUUGUGAUCCCCUUCCUCUACGUGGGGACGCUCAUUAGCAAGAACUUUGCCGCUCUGCUUGAGGAGCAUGACAUCUUUGUCCCAGAGGACGACGAUGACGACGACUAA